AUGGAGCCACUAACCCUUGUCAACGACGCAUAUGGAAUUGAAGCUGGACGAUCUCCAUAUGCAGACAAUGAUCUUCGUCCAACCCAGGAGGAGGAACAACCUACCACAGCGGUUGCUGGCCAUUUUGACGUCGAGCAGACUCCGACCACCAAGCACGCUCGACAGUACGUCGAGGGACUUCAAAAGGCCUCACAAGUGGUGGUGUCUUCCCGCCGCCUGCAGCUCCCUUCCUUUCAGGACGACUUUCUUAACGACGGAACAUUCUCUUUUAUGCCAGUACACCAGCAAGUUGCCACAACGCAGCCGCCUAACGGACCUCUCACGUUCGAGACACCGUCAGUAACACGGAAAGCAGGUAGUGGGUAUGACGACUUGGCAGAUUAUCCUACUUCGGCCAGAAAUUCCGAAAGCCGACUCAUCCAUGAGGCGAAUAUCACCAGCGAACAGCUUCCAACCGUAACUCCAAGAGACAGAGUGGAGAACACAGAUGAUCAAGCCUUGACACCGCAGCAUGGCUCCUCUGGGUUUGAUGCCAAGCCAGCGGAAAGGAAGCAAGAGCUUGGGAAGCACAUCUCGUAUGCACAGGAGGAGGUCACCCAGGGUGCUGAAGACAUCGCUACAGAAGACUGCGAUACGGAGAAUGAGCAUACUAUUCUAUUCCAUGGACGAGAUGAAACAAUAUCAGCCGGCGAAGACGUUCAACCAGGCAAUACAGUCAGUACAUAUGCUCCCCUGCCACAGUUACCAGAGCAGGGUCACAAUGCUGGCAAUGACGAAGCAGUUGGUUGUGAGACGUCUCCCUCUACCACGGGAAACACAAGAACCCACUAUGUCCUUCAUUCCCGUGCGAAGGCAGACACGGCACCCAUCCACGAUGGCAGAGCCUCAAAGGCCCCGAGAAGACGUCAACCGCGUCCAGUCCCGAAUUUGCCCGUCAAUCGACAUGACAAUGCAAGAGGCAGGCAAAGACCUUCUGAAGAGGACCUCCUCUUUCUUCUGAUGUCCAGAGCACGCGAGAACAAAGAAGCUCGGACAAGAACGGAGAGUCUGGAGCUUGAGAACAAACAUCUUCGGCAGGAAAAGCUGCAGUCAGAUGCAGAGCUACGGCGGGCUAUCAAUGCCCAUGACGAAUGCAUUGAAGAAUACGACCUUCUGACUCAAAACUUGGAAAACUUCAGGGAGAAGUACUACAAGCUGAAGAAGUGGGCACUGGAGACCAAUAAGGACUGUCAAGAGCUGCAAGGAAAAGCAUCAGCCUUUGAGAAGGCUAUCUCCGAUCUGACAAAAGACAGAGACCAGCUCAUGGAACAGCUCCAAGACGCCCGUUCCGCAUCUACUAGAGCAUCUGAGCAGAUGGCAAGUGUCCAUAACGGAAUCUGCGAGGUGAGGCUUAUGGCAGAAGAGCGUCUCACAACCAUCAAUUACAUGGACGGGCUGUUUAGAGGUCAAGCAGAGAAUCUGAGCGCGGAACGACAGCGAUGCAACAGAUUGGAGCAGCAUAUUGUUCACCUGGAGCAUGAGAGAGAUAAGCAAAAUACCCUAAUGCAUAGUGAACAGGAGGAGCUCGAACAUACCCUAAGAGGCCUGUCUGACAGUCUCAAAGUGCUCCGUGACAGCAGCAUGGAAGAUAGUCUGGAGAAACGUCGAAUGCUCGAGUCACUAGGUCAUAUUCGGUCGAUUCUCGACACCGAUGUAUGCAAGAGAUCAGACGUGCUCUCACUGAAAGACACCUUGGAAACAGCCAGGACAUCACUCAGUAUGGUUGAGAAAUCGAUAUCUCAGGACUUGCAGGCAACAGUCGCACAUCUGAGGAACGGUCUACGGGGAGACAUUUCUGCGCAUUUAGACAAGGUGCUCUCAGCGAUCCCUUCUGAUACUGGUCAGCUCAAUGAAGUUUCAGCAGCGCUCGCACGCCUGGAGCAGAAGGCUGGCCAGAUAGGAUUGAUCGUCAAGCUACUUCAAGAUGCGAGGACCACCGCGGAGAAGGAAGGUUCUUGCCUACGAGGCAUAGCUGACAACCUUGAAAAAGCUCUAGACGCCGAGAGAAAAGCGGCUCAGAAGACCAUCAACGAUCUUACCACCAAUAUCAGUGAGUGGAGAAUCAAAUACCAAGCGGCACGGUCUGAGGUGGAGAGAUCCAAACGGGAACGGCAAGCGGAGAUGGAUGAGAACCAAGCUGAGUUGAACGACUUGCUUGCUUUUCUGAGCGAAGCAUCGGAUGAACAGAAUAGCCUCCGAUCCGAGUUGAGCAAGGCGGAAGAUUUCUUCAAGGCGAUUCAACAACAACAUGAACAAGACCAUUACGAGGCGGUGGGUCGUGAUGAUUUUCUGAAAUGUCAGUUGAGCCACCUGCAUGGCCAGAUAGACAAUGGGGCUCAAGAACGAGCGAGGGCCCGAGAAAAAAUCCAGAGCUUGACUACUAUGCAAACACAACUCCGGCAAGAGCUCAAGACCUCUCGAGGAGAAACAACUGUGGCUAUAAGAGAGCAAGACGCGUUACAUGACGAGAUCAUUGAGGUUGAACGACGAUUGGAUUGGACACAGGACAAGCUCCAGCGGACCGCGAUACGCCUGCAAGAAGUCGAAGCUGAGCUAGGAGUCUUCCAACAAUGGGCACCAAGUGCUGAACAGCUCAAGAAGGAUUUCCUAGCUCAGGAGCAGGAGAUUCAGAUCAGAUCCCAGAAAGUCCGGGCGCUCCAAGAAUUGGUCAAAAACCAGCAAGCUCGAUAUGGUCAGUUGGCAGAACAAGCUCGAGAGAAGGAUAGACUUGUGGAAGAAAAGUCCGAUCUCGAAGAGCAGUUGAAGCUGGCGCGGGAGGAGGCGUCUGUGAUACCUGGCCUCCAGAAUGAGCUUGCGCAAAAGAAGAGUCAAGUCUGUGAAUUGGAACUUGCUCUUGUAGCGUCUCAACGAGAAGCCCGAGAAAAGGACAACUUGGCGGCGGAGAACGCAACCAUCAACAACCAAUUGGAGGAAUUUGCAAAGAAGAACGCGAUUAUUCCGGAUCUAGAAAGGAGGUUACAGCACAGUUACACGAAAGUCACGGAAUUGGAGUCCGCUCUUGAAGCUUCACACGGACAGGCUCAGGAGAAUGAGAGGCUUGUUGAGGAGAGAGCUGCCGUCGAUAUUCAGAUGAGAGAGCUUCAAAAGGAGAAGUCGGCGUUGACAGAAGUGCGGAUGGACCUACAGCAGACAACCUUCAAGGUUGCCGAGCUGAAAGCCGCUCUUUUUGCUGCUCAGGAUGAGGUUGCCAAAGUCGAGGAGCUGCAGAAAACUAAUACGUCUCUCAAGCAGGACGCUGUUGCUCUCAACUUAGAUCUCGAUGCGAAAAACAAGGAGUGUGCCCAGAUUGGAGCACUGAAGGAUAUCAUCACGGCCAAGGACGAUGAGCUCGCAGAGCUGCGGAAGCAUUUGGUAUCAUUAAACGAGCUGACUGACGAACUGGAGAGGCUCAGAGACGACCGAGAACGAAUGGAAGGAAAGCUCGCUGCCAUGCAACAGCAGAUACUCCACCUGGAAGGCGCUCUCUCCAAUGCCAAACUCGACCAGGGAGCAAAACAGGCCCAAGUGCAGAGAACCGGUGGGGACCAGUCAGCAACAAGGAGCGUGUUGCCCGACAGUCAACUCGGACGUUCUCAUUUGGAUGCGAGCCGAAAUGGUGCAUGGCCUAAUGGUAGUGACCCAUUGGCCUUGUCCGCUGGCAUCCUAAUGGUCUCCGAGACCCAACUGGAAGUGCCGGAGACUGUCCCAGUCGGCCCGGACGGCCUUUUACUUCUUGCAGGCCAGCAACAAGAAGACAGCGAUUCGGACCUCAGCCCUGUUCCCAGCGAAGAUGAAGACCACGGUCUCGAAGACGAAAUUGGACGACGCACCGCUGGUACACAGCCACACAUCCGUGGACAGGGGUAUUUUUCGCCAGUGGAGAGCGUGAGGAGAGCCGCGAAUGGCCAAGAGUCCCUAGUACGUCCGUCUUCGAGCUCAUACUCGUCGCAGGGUGAUCAAAUGCUCCUGGACCAAGUCAGUCAAGAAGAUGCUAGUGGUGCAGACAGUGUCGCUGCCGGCACAGCUCUAAACACAGUCAUGCCGUUCAGUCACCUCGUCCCAGGACAAGGAGCUAGUCCGCGAAGGCUGAGAAGCGGCUCUCAGGGACAAAGACAGCGACCUACUGCUACACCUGAGCCAAGUAUGGAGCACAGACGCAACCGCGCUUCCACGCCUGCGGUCAGAAGGGAGCAGCACCAGCCAAACUCCGCCGCCAAGCGUCGAAUGGAGCCAGAGGGCGAGAAGAAUGCGCUCCAGGAAAAUACUAGGCGGCUCAAGCGUAGUCCGGCAAACCUUGAUGUCACGAGUCCACAACAUCGUGCGUCCACGCAGGCCGCGCAACCAACUGCGUCACGGGGCUCAGGCCGUUGGCGUAAGAGCAGCUCGAUCGUGGGGACUAAUGCACCAGCACCGGGAAGGAGUCAAAGACCCUCUAAGCAAGCACGCAAAGGGUCUCGACAGGACAGGUACACCAGCCGCUUUGCGCCAAAGGCCUGA